AUGGAGCCGGAAUAUGGUCAAGGAAAAAUCUUGGAGAUAGAAGGCGACCUUUUCGAUGCCCCUGAUGGAGCAGCACUGAUUCGGUACCCUAAUGCAUUCUUGGCCUACCGCUCCCACUGUCAAAAGUACAUGUCGUCUAAGCAAGAAGUGGUUGUCAGAAGCGAUACAGGUCCGCGCAAAAUCCAGCUGCCCGAGGGAACAGCCCUCAUCAUCCCACCUCAGCCAGAAGACUACGAGCCAAGCGGUGGGCGUCAGCAUUGGAUUGUCUGCCUGUUUACGUCGUGUAAAUACGGAAGAGCGGUGGCUCCAUCACCUAUCUUGCUUGAAAACACUGAGCUUGCGAUCGCGGACUUGAAGGAUAAAAUCGAUAAACUACGCGGAGAGGGCAUUAAUUUAGGAAGACUCUGGUCAUGUCGAUUUAACUCCGGGUUGUUCGGGGUGGACUGGGCUCGGUCGAGAGAUCUCCUUGUCAGAUCUGGGCUGGAGGUCACUGUUGUGAGGCCGCCUGAUGCGCGCUUGGCUCCGACUCAAACAGGUACAUACAUUAAGAAAGAGGCGGUCCUGGCUAACUCAUUAGAUAAAAACUCGGCCUGUAACUGCGAGGCUGUGUUCGCAGUUGUAUCAUCCCAAUCACAAUCAAAAGCCUCCUCUUCCACCACCACCACCACCACAACAACCACGACAUCGAAACGAAAAGCCCCAUCCAAACCUCGCCAGACCACCACUACCUCCAAAGCCAGAUCCAACACCAGCACCAGCACAAAAUCUCUCCUGCCCCCGCCCCCCGCCGCCUCCGACGACGACGACGAUGACGAAGCCUCAAUCCGCUCAUCCUCAACCUCUGCAAACGCAAACUCAAGCAAACGAAGACAAAGACCAUCCUCCCGCUCUCGCUCCAACUCCAUCACCUCCGCCAGCUCCACCUCCUCCCGCACCUCCCAUCCCUCCAACCGAACCCCCGAUGCAGAGCCCGAACCCGAACCAGACUACAUCCUCGCCGAAAUCACGCACCACCCCGAAGAGGCCGAGGACAUCACCACGCGCGAGCCUGUCAUUCCACCCAAGCUGCUGACGCGGCUCCUGCACCACCACUUCCAGCACCCCAAGACCAAGAUCGCAAAGGACGCGAACACGGUCGUCGCGAAGUAUGUGGAUGUGUUUGUGAGGGAGGCGCUGGCGAGGGCGGCGUUUGAGCGGAGGGAGGCGGUGGGGGAGGGGGCGGCGGUUGGGGAUGGGUUUUUAGAGGUUGAGGAUCUCGAGAAGUUGGCGCCGCAGCUUGUUAUGGAUUUCUAG